AUGUACUCGCUGCAAGUAAAGUCCAAACUGAGCAACAGCAGCAGCAGUAGUUCUAGCAACGGAUCCAAGUCCAUCCAGAUCGAAGGGGCGUCACGUGACGAAUCGUCGCUCCAGUACGACAACGACGAUAUCUUGGAUUACGACGACGACAACCACUAUGACCCUGGCGGCCGGCCAUUAACGCCACAGUCGUGGGUGCAAAAGAUUGGGUCUGCAAUGUUUCAAAAGAUCAAAAUCACCCCGAGCACAGACGCCCCCAUAGUCGUGAUCAAGCAAGCAGUCCCCGCGAGCCCCCCUCAACCUGUACAACCAAACAAAACGACUACCUGCGUGCCCCAUCGACCGUCCAAGUUUCACCUACACCUUGACACACAACCUGAUGAAACGAGGAUAGCCAUGCCCCCCUCAUCCACCUUCCCCGACGACGACCGUGACGUUCCUAAGCCAAGGGGGGGGUCCAUAGGUCACCAGUCGAUCGAGUUUAUCAAAGUAUACUGCAGCCCCAAGCGACAACCCCAAUCCCCCAAGAUUCAGCCCCAGCGAGAUCCCCCCGCCUCAAGAUCCUCGUCAUCCCCCGUCCGCCGCACGGACGUCAACAACUUUCUCCAUGACGACGACUUGUCCCCUAUGAAACGCCCUGAAGUCCGGGGGGACGUUGUGCCCGUGCUCCAGAGUUUCUUUGCCCGCCCAAAACCAACCAAAGGCCGAACAAAACACUACGCGCACACUGUCGACAAGAUGAUCCAUCGACAGGAACAAUACAAGCGGGACCUCGCACGCCACGACCAGCUCCGGGCGUCAGCAGCAGCUUUAUCAUGCAAGACGAACAACAUGGACGACGACGAUACAGUUGUGUGCAGGCGGGAGGCGCUGCGGACGCACGCGCGGUCCCUCAAACGACAGCGUAUGGCAGACCUCGCCGCCGCCAAAGCGGUGCUCCAUGCCCGAGACGAGAUGGACCGGCGGUGCUUUCAGGACACCCGCGAGUCGUGGGAAGGCGCGUUUGAGGCCGACGUGGCCGAGUUGGCCGUAGCAUUUGCAAAAGCCAGUCACCACGAUGACAGCAGGCAUCGUCGACCCAUGACCACCGCCGGGCUCGUGGUGCCCCAAGCUCAAAGCCAAGUCAAACGUGAUAAAGUACUGCUGCUACUGCGAGCCCAAACAGCGCCUACCACACCACAGACCCUACCGUCCGCCUAUAAUCCCAGUAGGGCCCCGUCGCCAGUGAUGGAAGGAGUCCUUCCCGGUGGUGACGACGACGAGUCAAUCUCCAAACUCCAUCCUCUAGAAGCUCCGAGUGGCUAUGAUUGGCUAGACAGGUCACAGUCUGUGGAAGCAGCAGAAAAAGCGACGUCAGGGCUGUCGGACAGUGACAUGUUAGCCGCGAGCAUGCUAAGCGAGAACGACGCCCACGACGAUGCAAGUUCGAGGGCAGACACUGUAUCAGGUGUCUGUGGCCAUCCAUCCCCCUCUGACAAGUCCACACUGUGA